AUGUCUGGAAUAGAAGCCCUCGGUAUCGCAGCCAGUAUCAUACAAGUCGCAGACUUGGGCACCAAAUUAUCCAUCCAGACUUUCUCCUUCUACCGACGGGUCAAAAAUGCCAACGAAUUUGUUCAGCUUUUGUCAAACGAGAUUGCACUCGUUAGCGCCAUUUUGCGAGAGCUGGGAGACAACUUGAAAGAGGAGGAGUCAUGCAAGCUCUGUUCAGAUGAGGUAUUGCGAACUUUGGGCAGUGUCAUGCAUCAAUGUCGGGACGUGUUUAAACAGAUCCAGAAUAUGAUUGGGAAUAAUGAGCAGCCUGAAAAAAGUCGCUUUCAGCAAGUCACUGGGAAGUUUCGCCUAGUAGUGCUUGAGCCGAGCCUGGAUCGUUUAAGGACCAAAUUGGAGAGGCUGAAGUCGACGAUGCUGCUCUUGCUUAACGUGAUUCUGUAUGCGGGGCAGAUUCGCAGCAACAAUGUUCCAAACCUACUCCUAGAGCAACGUGGCUUAAUACAAAUCCUAUUGGAGGACAAAAGGAAUGACAGCCACAAGCCACGCCAGCCAGAUGUGGCUACAGAAGCUUCUCAAUCUCUCUUAACAGAGACUACAAGCAGAGACUCCGCCCACGUUGGGACUGAUAGGUUCACUAAUCAGCAGAAGCAUCCCAACUCACACCAACCCUCAUUCAAGGAACAAACUUCAGAAUGGCAAUUUAAAUCUACGAAUGAGAGUGAAGCUCAAAUCGGAAUCCAUAGAGCCAUGAAGAGAAAUGAACCCACCGAUCUCAAGGAAUACAAAAACCUUAUCCAAAGUAUGCUUCACGAAAUUGACUCUUCCAGGAGCAAGCUUAAGGAGAGCCGCCACGUGAGAAUCAAAGAUGGUGUGUGA